AGUCUGUAGUGAAGUGAUCCCGAUAAUUAUUUUUAAUUUCUUCAUUUCGAGCAAUUUCAAGUUUUUCGACAUCAACCUCUUCAAACUUACACAAUCCACAACUGAUUAUCUCGUAUCACAUUGAAAAACGUAUAUUUCGGACGAACAUGGAUAGAAAUCGGGGCUAUCGAGGAAAAAACCCAAACGCUUUUGGUGGCCGAGGCAGAGGCGACGCGAGAAAACCCUGGCGCCCAAACUUCAAUAGCGGGCCAACCGAUCAAGACUCGAAUGGAGCAAGGCCCUGGAGAUCCAAUUUCAACCAGGGUGACUCCCAGGAGGGCUCUUUCCAAAUGAACAACCAAGUGCGGCCGAAUAGAGGUCAAUGGACGCCGAAUUUCAACCGGGCACAAGGUACUGAUAUGAAUCAUCAGCCUUGGCAACAGAACUACAGUCCUAGGGCGCCGAAUCAGCAGUGGCAGCCUAGAUUCAGUGCACCCCAAGUUAAUGAUGGGUACUGGGUGGAUAGUUAUAGUGCUGUUGGCAGCAACCAGAUGAAUCAAGGUAAUUUCAUGCCCAGGCAGCAAAAUUACAAUAACUCAGGUCAAAAUAAUUAUGAAAACAGGCGCUUUCCACAAUAUGGAAAAAGGAGACCAUAUGACAAGUCUAUGAGGGGGGGCCAACCACGUCCAAGUAGGCCUAGACAAGAAUAUCAGAGUAAUGAGCCAGAAAUAGUAAUAGAACCUGUCUUGUCCCCAUUAGAGAAAAAAGUUGAAACACUGAUAAAUGCAGUUCAAGCUCAAGAGUUUGGUAUAGGCCACAUAGUCCUUACACAAAACAACAAUGAAAUACCUCCUGUGUUGCUAAACAAUGCAGUUCAUCAAGUGAAGAACUGUACUCUUACAGUAGACCGUGAUGAAUCAAAUGGUUAUUCACAAUUGAAAAUAAAUGACCAUACUAUAGUUGAGGGAAUGUACUCAUCCAAAAAGGAUGCCAAAGAAGCUUUGUAUGAGCUAGGACUUGAAUUCCUCAAAUGCAAAUGUUUCUAUAUUACAUCAAAAUCACACUAUGAUGAAGUUUCUAUGGAUGACUUGUCAAAAAUUAAUGAAGAACAGAAGCCUGCUAGCUCUUUUGCAGGUAGUAAAGCCCAUCAAAUGAUGCUGAAAAUGGGAUGGGGUGGCAAAGGACUAGGGACCCAAGAACAGGGAGAGGAAAAGAGUGUAGCAGAGAAGAUUGUGGAGAACAUCACAAGGGAAGGUUUGGGUAAUAAGAAUGUAUUCCAGGAAGUAGACAAAAUCCUUGCUGACUAUGCACGCUCUGUUAAAACAACAACUAUAGCUUUUGACUCCAGCUUCACUAAAGAAGAACGUGCACAGAUCCAUCAAAUUGCUGCUAAGUAUCACUUGAAAUCUAAGAGUGAGGGUGGGUUCAAUCUGCGGCGUAUCACCAUAAGCAAGAAGAUGAGCAAAUGGAUUCUUGUGCGUCAGCUGUUGAUGGCAGGACCAGGACUUGAAAAUGAAUCCUACAUUCUGACAAUUCCUGAAGAGUUUGAAGAUUUGUACAAGGAGUUAUUCAAAGAGGAACUGGAAGCAAUGGAAGCAAAGAAUCAGGAAGAAGAAGAAGUGGCUUGAGUGUAUCCAGGACUUGCUGUGUGAAGUAUUAAUUUAAGAACUUGCUCUUCAUAAAGAGAUAGGUUAGGAUAUUUCAAAAGCAAAGCAUGGUUCACAUCAUUGGGAACCUAAUAGCACAUGGUAAAGUAAAUUUCCAUUCAUGAAAAAUUCCUAGAUGUUUUAUUUUUUUCUGAAGUCUGAAUCAUGGAAAAUAAUGUCUUAAUGCUGAUUUAGAGAUGGGAUACAUGUGACUAUGCCAGGUGAAUUUUAUAUAAUAGGGUUGAUCUAAUUAUUUGAAAUUAAUGUGGAUAUGAAAAAUUAUUAGUAAUAUGUAUGAUUUCUAUAAGGUAGUUUAUCUUUGACAAGUUAUUUAAUGUUCCAUUUUAGGAUGUUAAAUAUGAGGACACAGUAACACCCUACUGAAAAAAUUUGGUCCAUACCAAAUUUAGAGAAUUCGAAUUAAUAUGGAUAUCAAAUUUGAUUGAAGAGGCAAAAGGCUUUUCAUUU